GAGGGAGGCGUGGAAAGGCUCAAUUAAGUGACAAGUAGUAAAGGCUGCAGGUCUAUUGUAUGUGAAAUAUGCAUGUGUCGCUAGUAAUUUGAGUUCAUUUAUUAGUGACUUUGUAGGCUAUGCAUCUCGAUUGCGAGAUGGAGAAAGUAAAUACUCAGGGAACAGGGAUUAGUACUUGUAAUAGUGCAGAUCACGAUAUCUUUGUCUCCAAUCUGCAAUGCGGAGAAGUAUUGUGUUAUUCUGUAGUUCUUAUUAAAGGUGGAGUAACCAAUAAAAACAAUAGUCUGUGUGUUCCUCAAAACUGUAAAAUAAAACAGUUUAACAAUUUUUCGGGCUUGUCUAAAACAACGCAAUGGCCUAUUAUAAAUUUUAGGUUCAAAUGCUUGGUUGAGUUAAGUUUAGAAGAAAAUGAACUCGUUGUAGAAUGUUGUGGACGAACGUUAGAGUUAAAACUUCAUUACAAACCUAGGAAAACAUCACUUUCUGUUAUUCCGCUUUAUAUCGUAUGCCAUGGUCACGACGGUAAAUUCCAAGCUCCUGCCGGCGUUGAAAAUUCAAUCAGAAGUGCUUGCGAAAGAAUAGCACUUGGAGCUAAAUUAAUUCAAACGGUUAUUGCAGAGAAACUGUAUGACUGUAAUUUUGGUCGUAAGACUUUUCAACUUGAAACAGACAUAGACCCAUCAGCUCCGGACUGUGUAACUUUUCACAGUCAACUUUCACACGAAAAAGCGCGAAAAAUGAACCCGCAUGAACUGUGGGAACACUUUGGGAGAGAACUAAUGAUGUCUUCUCUUGGUAGCAAUAAUCGAAAGUUUUUGGCAUUUCUGUCAUGUACUCGGUACAACCCACCAACUGAUGGAACUGUUCCAAAUACAUAUACAGAAAUGCUAUCUGCAAUGGAGGCUCAUGUUGCUCUGGGAGGUGGAGGACUCGCUAUUUUCGGCAGUGCAUGUUUAUAUACUUGGGCUAAGACAGUGGAAGAUGUUCUACCAUACUUGACAAAUCAGACAAAAGUAGAUUCAAAGUACUUCAUGGAUGACAGCUGCUAUAGGGGAACAUAUGGCAGCUGUUUUUCAACCACACUGGGAUCAGCUUUACAUGAGCUUGGCCACACCUUUGACUUAGGUCACUCUUCUGAUGGUAUAAUGGGAAGAGGAUUUGAUAACAUUGAUUUGGUUUUUACUGUGCCCAAAAAUGAUAAUGAAAACAGGACUUCUAGCAAAACAUGUGCACACAUUGCGAAACCAGUUUUCAGGGAAUUAUCACAGAAUUCUACUGUCUGUUUAACAAGAUUGUUACAGGUUUCAUAUACAGUAACACCCCUAGAAGAGAAACUGAAGCAGAAACAGGAGAAUAUAAACAGGAGAGCAGAUUUUAAUAGCACAGAGAAUGUACACAAUGCUAAACUACAUGGAACUGACAAGAAAUUUGCCAGUCAGAGUGGCAAUAAUUUUGAGAAGACAAACAGCUUACAGAACAAGAAACCAAACUACACUACAGAGAAACUGAUGGAUAUUUCUGAUCAUACAUAUUGGUCAAAAAGUUGUGCAGCUCUACUAUCAUACCAUAGGUGGUUCAAUGACUAUACGGAUAAGUUUUCUGGAGAAUUGGUACUGGAUUCAGUUAGGAAUGUAAUAGAGUCAUCUGUUGGUAUCAGAGUGGUGGAGAUUCGUGAUGGCUCUGGACAGAUUCUCUGUGACUGGCAGUUUCUAGAGGAAAAGAAAGUAACUGAAUUUGCACUGCCAUCUGAAGUAUAUUCUGAGGCUGGUCAGCUUUUAGUUGCAGAAGAUUCUGCAGGAAAUAUCUUGAAACAUCCAUUGCCAUUUUAUGCAGUUUCUGCGUCAGUUCCUUAAAAAUUAAUGUGCUUUUCUUUAUUUAUUUUUAAUACUGCCUUUGAAUAAAUCUCAACUCAAACCCCA